AUGUCUCCCCUGCCUAACAAGGCGACCGCAGAAGAAGCUAACUCGAUCAAAUCGAGGGUUCAAUAUACUGAUUUAGUACCAGCCGGUGUUGAAGUGUUGGUCGUCGACGGAGAUUCCGCGACUCUAGCCAUUACUUCGAGGAUGCUUCUCAUGUUCGGAUACAAAGUUUUGACUGCCAAGAGCACUGGCGACGCAUUAUCCAUCAUCCAAGAAAGGCAGGACAGCCUCGACCUCAUCCUAACCGAAAUUCACCUGCCCGACGCAGACAAGUUUGAGGUCUUGGAUAAACUAGGAAGAGCGUCCAAUUUGCCGGUUAUUAUUAUGACAGCCGAUAAUAACGAGGGCACAAUGUUAGGCGCGCUUCUAAAUGGGGCUUCGCUUUAUCUUCUGAAACCGAUCAGCAAGAUCGAAAUCAGAGACCUUUGGCAAUUUUCGUUCAUGAGGAAAAGAGAUCAAAUGGCACAAGUCACAGAGGACAGUACCGAUCAAGACUCACCUAAAGAGGAGGGCGAUGAUGAACCAGAGAGCCAGCUGCCUGCAAAGCAAGGUGAAGCACUGCCGAGAAAACAGGAAUGCAAAGAAGUGGAUGGAGACAAAGAGGAUGACGGCGCCAACUUGCAGCCCCACAAGAAGACGAGGUUAACAUGGACUAAUGAGCUAGAAGAGAAAUUCUUAGGAGCAAUCCAACUUUUAGGCGUCGACAGUGCUCAGCCAAAGAAAAUUCUUCAGCUCAUGAAUGUCCCCAAUCUCAAGAAAGCGAGCGUUGCAAGCCACUUACAGGGACUCCUUUCAUUUUCGGAGUCGCACCUCCAAGCAAUGGCGAUGGCUAAAGACACCCGUCCCCCGAGCUGUUUUCAGUUGAAUCCCAAUAUUUCCCCGGUGAUGGCGUGUGAUCGAGAUUGGCAACCAUGGAACUAUAGCAACCAGACACCAAAUCCAAUCGCCAACCCCUUACUCAUGCCCAGCACCGAGCUAUCUCGCAGCUUCUUUCACACUGGAAAAGAAGUUGUCGGCACAGCAAACGUCCUGUCCAUCGGGAAAGGCUCUUGCUCGGUCAUGGAAACUCAAUCAUCAGGGACAGGAGAUCCACCAGCCUGGAAAGAGGCGACGGUGGCAGCACAGGCGCCAGAAAGACGCGAUGUUAUUGUUAGGCGCGGCGAAAGAAGAUGGUCGCCUCUCUAA